AUGGAUCCGCCCGGUAAGCGCCGCCGUCUGGAAGCGGAUGGCGUCGAGGGGCUGAACGCCUCCAUCAGGGCGUGGGCAGUGCGCGAGGGCAUUCUCUUUGGAAAGCCACCGACGCAUUCCGCGUUCCCCAUCGGGAGGCAGGCGGGCUUCUCCUUCCGCAUCGAGACGAAGGCCCAGAACAAGAAGCUGAGGGACAUCAUCGCUCGAGACCCGGGACGCCCCUUCGCUAUCACCGAGCGCGCGCAGGGCGUCUUCGCGUUCUUCCUCGACGUCGACCUCCACUCCGGCGAGACCACGGAUUGGGACACAUCGACCGAAGAAGCCGUCAGAUCCGUCUUGGAAGCCCUGUCGCGCUCCUUCCCUCGGUCCCGAUCCAUCGUGACGGCAUCCACCACGGUCACCCUGCCGGACAAGCGGAGGGUGACCGUCGCGGAGGCGAGCGGCUCGGCCGGAAAGAGAGGGGUCCACAUCGUGUUCCCGCGGAUCCUGGUCGACAAGGAGCGCGCCAUGACAAUCCGGAGAUCCUUGGUCUCCGCGUUGUCCCGGAGCGGGAGCGACACGGGCCGCGACUGGGCGCAGAUCCUCGACGAGAGCGUCUACAAGACCGGUUCCGGCCUGAGGAAGUUGUGGGCUACGAAGACCGUCAAGGACAAGGGCAGCACAAUCGCGCACGUCGUCCCGCAGGACAGCGCGACGGCGAUGAAGAAGAGGGACAUAUGGCUCUCCGACACCGCCCCGCUGACUGCGCUGCCCGUGGCCCUCGCUCCGUUUGCGGUCUCGAAGAGCCUCACCCCCUCACGCAAGUCCAAGACGGCGCGGGCUCCCGUCUCGGAGAGCAUGCCGGACGUCCUGUCGGACGCGUGCGCUCGCAUCCUCCGGGACGUGUUCGCGGGCAACGACAUCGGGGCGCGGUUCAGGGCCAAGCGCAUCGGGGACACGCGCAUAGUGGUUCAGACCGACUCGCGCUCGUGCCCUUUCCGCGGGGGCAUGGACCACACAUCCCACCACGCAUACGCGACGAUGGACGUGCACGGCGUCGCGCACCUCGCGUGCCACGGCUCCACGUGCAAGGGGCGGCGCCUCGUCGGGAGGGCCUUGAGAACCGAGGAGUUGGCCAUGUUGUUCCCGGGCUACGAUGCCCUCGAGAGGGGGACGGGCAUACCCACUUGGAGCGCAUUGCGGGCUCUGACGCCGACGAAGCGCGCAUUCGUCUUAGGCUACCUCAGGGAUAGGUUCGCGAACGAUGCAGAUAAGGUGUUCCAGGCUAGGCUGAAGAGCUUCGGGGCCUCGGGACCAGAGUAG